CCGUCGCUGGUGGCCCGAGCGGUGCAGCUGGGCUGGGAGGCGCUUCCGCGGCGCUGCGGGAGGCACGGAGAGGGGCGGUGGGGCUGCCCUGUGCUGAUCACACCAGCAGCUCCGGAAAGGUUCAUGCAGGGUCCACCCUGAUCCGUUUUCAUCGGUGAGUCAGUGUCAGGGCAGCUUUCGGCUAAAUAUAUUUUUCAGACAGCUCCCCAGCAGUGACUGAACCGAAGAAAACUGAACUGAGACAGACGCUGCUUUCUGUUGCUUUUGGAUUUGUUGGAGGCUGUGGGUGUCUGCUUGGUGGUGCUUGCAGCAAAAGCUCUAUGCCAGGAGACGGUGACUUCCAGGAGCUCCUCUCUACUUCCCUUAAGGAGGUUCUGUAACAGUGAUGAUAUAAUUGGGAUUGGCUUAUUUACCUAGGGAAUUUCCUGUUUCAAUCUAUUUCCUUAAAGAGAUGAAGAAAGGACCAGAAAGUGGAGCAUGUACCCUUGCUGCUCCAGGAAAUUUAAUGGAGUCAGAUUCAGACACUAACAGCGGCAAUGGAAUCUCAGCAAGAGAGAAAGACAUGCUUCCUUCUUCUGGUGAACUGGAAAAUGUACCACUGAAAACCAGCACAGAAACAUCCAGAAAAAAACUCUGUGGCUAUUUAAAUAAGCUGGGCAUCAAGGGGCCAAUCAAGACCUGGAAGUCUCGCUGGUUCUUUUAUGAUGAAAACAAAUGUUGCUUACUAUACUACAGAACUGCCCAGGACAUUAAUCCUUUGGGGUCUAUUGAUCUCUCCAGCGCCAGUUUUGACUGCAAAAUGGAAAAUGGAGAAGGAGUUUUUGAGAUCAGAACACCAAGCAGAGCUUUUACUUUGAAGGCAAUCAGCAGACAGGCGAUGAUGUACUGGCUGCAGCAGCUGCAAAUGAGACGUUGGGAAUUUUGCAACACUCAGAGCAGAUUUCCUGUGGGCAGCUCCCAGCUUGUGAAUGAACCUCUGGCUGGAAGAACAAAUGUAGUUGACAAUGAGGACUUUCUGCCUCUUGUGAAAACACCAACAGAAGCAGUGGGUUUAAAGGCAGCAUCUUUGCCUGCACCCCAAACAUCUACUGCUUUGCAGAACAUCUCCCUUAAGCACCCUUGGACAGAGAUACAAAACACUGUCUACAAUAUUUGUGGCUCCAAGCAGCUCUGGGGGAGCAAUGGGAAUGUCUUUAGCUUUGAUGAAUUCCAAGAGCAUCCUGAGAAUGUGGAUGAGGAGCAAGAGGCAGAAGUGGAGGCAGGAUGUUCAGUUAAAGAGGGAACCUUGGAAGAUGGGAGGAUGGGGCCCAGGCUGAACUGGAUUAGGAAAGCCAGGUGGAUGAACAGUGGCUUCCCAGGCACUGAAGAAUGGUCGAGGGAGAAGAAUUCAGUGGACAAAGUUAGUGUCCUUCAGCAACAGAUUCUGACGCUCACAGAGGAAGUCAAGUCACAGAAGGAACUGGUCAAACUUCUCCACAAAGCUCUGGAGGCAGCCCAGCAGGAGAAGCGAGUAUCUAGCAUGUAUCUCACUGCAGCAGAAGACAAGGACAGGCUGGAGCUGGUGCGCCACAAAGUGAGACAAAUUGCAGAUCUGACAAGUCGACUAGAAGCUCUUGAACAAGAAAAGAAGAAACUGGAGCAGAUACUGACUUUGAGAGACAGCCAUAUCCAGGAGCUCAAGGAACAUGUGCAGCUUCUGAUGGAGAAGAACCAUGCCAAACAGAAAGUCAUCAUGACCUUGACAGAGCAGAUGGCCCGAGAGCUCUCUGACCCCCUGCAAGAAGCCAACACAAUCACUGUACAGACAUUGUAUAAGCAGCAGGAGGAGAUUGAGCAUCUGAAGGAUGAUAUUGAUGCAUACAAAACCCAGAACCAGUUUCUCAAUUCAGAGAUCCACCAGGUUACUCGACUCUGGACAAGUGUUGCUGAGAAUGAAAAAGCCCUUCUGAUGAAGUGUGCCUGCCUGCAAGCAAGAAACUGCCAGAUGGAGAGCAAAUACCUGACAGUCUUGAGAAAGCUGCAGGAGGCGGUUCCUGACCUGCCCAGCGCGCAUGCUGAAUUGGUGAAGAACCUCAUCCAGGAAGCUCUCCAGUGGGAUGUGAAGGAAGAAGCAGAAGAAGGUUUUAACUUGAACCCUGUAAGCGAGUAUGAUGAGUAUGGGUUUAUGACUGUACCUGACUAUGAAAUUGAGGACUGGAAGCUCCUGGCCAAAAUCCAAGCCCUUGAGAUAAAGUCCAACAAACUGUGGAGCCAGGAAAUAGUGGAGAAGCCCCUCCGUGACAGAUGGAACAGCAUUGGAGAGCUGAACCCCUCUGGAGAGCUGAAGAGUCUGAUCCGAAGUGGCAUUCCAGUGGAGCAUCGGCAGCGGGUGUGGAGGUGGAUGGUCAGCCGGCACUGCAGCCCUGUGCCAGGCCACUACCAGCGACUGCUGGAGCAGAGCAGGAGCACCGAGCACCCUGCCUGCCGGCAGAUUGAGCUUGACCUGCCCCGCACUCUGACCAACAACAAGCAUUUUUCCUCUCCCUCCUCCCACCUCAUCCCCAAGCUCCGGAGGGUGUUACUGGCAUUCUCCUGGCACAAUCCUGCCAUUGGAUACUGCCAAGGAUUGAACAGAUUGGCAGCUGUUGCUCUCCUGGUCUUAGAAGAUGAGGAAAGUGCUUUCUGGUGUCUAGUGUAUAUUGUGGAGAACCUAAUGCCAGCAGACUACUACAGUGACACACUAAUAACAUCACAGGUAGAUCAGAGAGUCUUCAAAGACUUCCUGUCUGAGAAGCUGCCUCGCCUCAUGGCUCAUUUUGGACAGUAUCGGAUUGAUGUCUCACUCAUCACCUUCAACUGGUUUUUGGUGGCCUUUGUGGACAGUCUCGUCAGCGACAUCCUCCUGCGAGUGUGGGAUGCCUUCUUGUAUGAGGGAACUAAGGUCAUUUUCCGCUAUGCUCUUGCAAUUUUUAAAUACAACGAGGAGGAAAUCCUAAGAAUUCAUGACAGUGUGGAGAUCUACCAGUACCUACGCUUUUUUACGAGGAUGAUCACAGAUGGCAGGAAGCUGAUGAACAUUGCCUUCAAUGACUUAAACCCCUUCCCGAUGAAACUGCUGAGGAACCGUCGGUCAAUGCACAGGGAAGAGCUGGAGGCAGAGCUGUGUGAACUUGAACAGAUCAAGGCAGCCUAUGUGAAAGAGAGAGCAGAGCAGGGACCUCAGGACCUGAAGGAGGUUGCUAGUGAAGAGGAAGAAGAGAACUAACAAAAAGAGAGUUCAUCAUCACUUCCCUCCCAUCUUGUAGAAAGUCAUCAGUAGCAACUGUAAGAAAUGGACCAGAGGGGGAAGUGUAGUUCAUCUGCCCCAGUAAGCAAAGCUGUAGUUAUGGGACCAUUUGGAGACUAAGUCAGACUUUAUAAUGGAUUGGAAGGUGUCAGAGGAGUUUUAUCCUCUUCUGUACUUCUCCCCAUUUAGCCCAUCUUGUCCUGUGCAGUUCAGGAUUACAGCUGAGGGUGCAGAGGAUAUAUUAUUUGUGGUGUCAUGACAGGAACUGACAUGGUGCAAAAGACCCAACCAAGCAGGGCUUUUACACAUAUUUUGAUGGAGACUUGAACGAGAUCUUUAUCUGCAAUAAAUCUCUAGAAAUAAUGAA